AUGGAUUUCCUCCCCACAUCGCCGUCCUUCAGCAUCAUGUCGGCCACAGGUGCUCUGCUGACCACUGUCGGGACCAUUGUUUGCGGAGCGAUCCUGGUCCAGACGCUGGUCCAAUGGUACCGUCUUUCCCACGUCCCCGGGCCUUUCUGGGCGGCAUUCUCCAAAGCCUGGAUGGUGAGGGAGUCGCUCAAGGGCCGCCAGCCGCAGUCCAUCAAAGCUGCCAAUGACAAGUACGGCUCGCUUGUGCGCAUCGGUCCCAACGAGCUGGUUACCGACGAUCCGGAAGUGUUGAGACGAAUGAACUCGCUCCGUGGCGCCUACGAACGAGGACCCUGGUAUGAUGCCAUGCGCUUUGACCCCACCCGGGACAAUCUGUUCUGCAUGCGCGACGGAGAGGCCCACGCCAAGCUGCGCAACAAGAUGACUGCCGGGUACGCUGGCAAGGAGAAUGAAUCAAUGGAGGCCACCAUUGAGCACGAGAUCGCAAAGCUCGUAGAUCUCAUUGAGACCAAGUACAUCUCCUCCGCAUCCGAUUACCGACCCAUGAACUUUGGUCAGAAGGGCCAGUUCUUCACCCUCGACGUCAUCAGCCAUCUCGCCUUCGGCCAUGCCUUUGGCUACCUCCAAACCGACGACGAUGUCUACGACUACAUUAAGAUCACCACCUCCUUCAUCCCCAUCAUGAUGAUCCUGAGCAACAUUCCCACCCUUGCCCGGAUGCUCCAGUCCCCGAUGCUGAGAGGGUUGCUGCCGAAAGAGAGCGACAAGCUCGGCUUCGGUGCCUUCAUAGGCGUCGCCAAGAGCGUAGUAGCCAAGCGAUUCGGCCCCUACGCCGUCCCCCAAUCUGACAUGCUCGGCUCCUUCAUCCGCAAUGGCCUCACACAGGAAGAAGCGUCGGGCGAGGCCCUCCUCCAGGUUGUCGCCGGCAGCGACACCUCGGCAACCACCAUCCGCAUCGUCAUUCUCCACCUACUCACCAACGUCAACGCCUACCGCAAGCUGCAGGCCGAGAUCGACGCUGGCAUCGCCGCGGGCACAAUCUCGUCGCCCAUCACCAACGCCGAGGCGCGCAAGCUGCCCUACCUGCAAGCCGUCAUCAAGGAGGGUCUGCGGAUCAAGCCCCCCGCUGGCGGAGCCUUCUUCAAGACGGUGCCGCCCGGCGGCGACACGAUCGACGGCAAGUUCAUCCCCGGCGGCACGCAGCUCGGUGUGUCGCCCCUGAGCAUCCACCACAGCAAGAAGAUGUUCGGCGAGGACGCGGAGAUGUUCCGCCCGGAGCGGUGGUUGGAAGCCAAGGGCGACAAGCUGGAGGAGAUGAGUAGCACGGUCGAUCUGGUGUUCCACUCGGGGAAGUGGCAGUGUCUCGGGAAGACGGUGGCGCUGAUGGAGUUCAACAAGAUCUUUGUGGAGCUGCUCCGGCGGUUUGAUUUCCAGAUUGCGAACCCUGAGCGACCUGCGCAGAUUGUCAAUGCGGGCAUUUGGCUAAUCGACGAGUUCUGGGUGCGAGUCACGCGGCGCGGUGAAUUUUGA